GGAAGUAGAUGUUGUUUGGCCGGUGACGCCGCUUGUACACGUAGCCUAGUAGGAUGUGGCCAUUGAAGAUGGUGGCGGUGUGUCAAACUCGCUGUCCUGCGCAUUUCUACGACUGAUUUCAACUUCUUCUGUGAGAUCUUCUUGAUCAACUUGAUCAUCACGCUUCUUGCUGCCAUGCAGCCCCCCCCUCGGACUGGACCCCCGGGAGCCAGCGGGCCGCCUCCUCCUUCCGGGCCGAAUAUGUUCCGCAGGACCAGGCCUCUCAAGCAUCCAGCUGCGGCAGCAAAUGCUUCAAUGCCGCCCUCUACUCAACCCAUGACAGACCCGUUUGCUUUUGUCCGAGCCCCACCGCCGAUGGGUGCCCCGGUACCCCAUAGCAACUCUCUGCUAACACAAGCCCCACCCGAUUCCACCUACACCCUAGCAGGCCCAAGUCUGGCCCCGCAACCACAGACAAUGGAGGGUGUCCCAGCCGCUCCAGCUGGCCACCUGCCGUCCUCUCUGCCAGCGGUGCCCAUGUUCAGCCCUCACAGUUCAGCCGAUGUCCGUACGGGAUACGCGCCGUUGCAUUCCGAACAAGAUUACUUGAACUCGAGAGAGCAGCCGUUGGCCGCAGAACCGCCAUGUGUGCCGUCAGCCCCGGUACCAAAUCAGACAUUUAAUCAGGAAUUCCACGCACAGUCUUCUCCUCAGCCUGUCCCUUUCCAGCCAGUGCCUCCCGCUGCCGCCUCCUCUCAAAGGGCCUCCGAUCACGGAAGUCGCCCUCCAUCCGUUCAGAACUAUUUUCAGCCUACCAGUGACCCUCCACAACAGCCUUUCAAUACACAGCCGCAGGCCCAGAUGUACCCCUCCAACGCCCCCACGCCUCCGACACAAUUUGGGCAUCCCCAGAUGCCGCCGCCCCUCCCACAGCAGAACCCCGGCAAUUCCUCCAGCUCACAUUGGGCUGGACCAAAUACGACCCAGCAGCAAAACUCUCAUUUCCAACACCAGAGCUACUUCAUGCAGACCUCUGCCCCGCAAGACGUGUGGUUGAGUCAAGCGCCACAGGACCCAGCCUACCACCAAAUGGGGACCGGCCCAACACACCCGCAUCCUCAGCCUGAUUCUGGAUCUCAUCAUGCACCUAACGCGGGUCCCCAGCAUGACACGGCCUCUGCGACGGUUCCGUACGCUCAAGAUACUGGUACACUCUCCAUGUUCUUCAACGAUGAUGUAGAAAAUGAGGAAACUUUAGCAGGAGAGCGAAAAAAGGUCUUAAACGGGAUUCCUGAAUCCUCGCAGCCUCUGAGUCAUCCGCAAGGUGCCCCACCGGGCCACAGUGCUCCGGUGAAUGUUCCUUUUGACAACCAAGGAGCUCGUUUUCAGGACCAUUCACACAUACCAUACAUGAACGACGGAAUCGCCACAUUACAAGGAAGGAGUUCAAACCCACCUGAAACCCAGUAUGACCAUGUUGAGAACUUGGAGUGCGUCCCCAACCAGGAGGUGUUGCCCAGUGAAAUUCACGGCAGUCCUUCUGGAGUGGACACCUACGAAACCGGCCCCAACCUGGAGACUCCGGAUUCUAUUCCCAGACCAAUGAGAUCUGCGAGCGCAUCGUCAAACUACAGUAGCAUGAGUCACGGUAGCGGGAGCGCCGGCCGUCGACACCACGGCGUAGUCGGCACCUUCAUUCAGCAGGAAAGCCCGCGCCUCACCGAGGAUGCUAACUUGCCUCCCGCCGCUGCUGCCGGUGGCUACUUUGAACAGAUCGACUCUUAUCCACCUGGAGACGUGGCCGCGCAGCCCAGCACCUCGGAGCAAACGUGGCCCGCUACGCCGAGCCCCCCGAAACCUACGGGUAUCUUCCAGGCCAGUGCUAACAGCUCGUUUGAGCCCGUCCGCUCUCACGGGGUCGAGGUGCGCCCCGCCGAGGUCGACAGAGCAAAAAUGGUAGCGGAAGGUGGCAGGGAUCCCACGUCGGGCAAUCUGGAGCAACCACCAGAUAAUAUGGAAAAUAUUUACGGGCCAGGUCACCCUCUGCCUGUUGGUGUGCCUCACCUGCCGAACCCGGUGGUUCAAUCUCACUCCCGCCCGUCAUCGCGUGCCUUUGGCGCCAAUCGGCCCUGCGAGAGUCCUGCCACCACUUUAUGGGCCCAGGGUGAUCCUUCCAGUUUAGCCGCUAGCAUUUUAUUGGCGCCCGCUGCCCCGACUGUUCUGGCUCCGUUAAGAGAGCCGAGUGCAGAUGUCAUACAGCCUCCAGAGGAUGGUCCGCUGGACCUUCAUCCUCCUCAGAGAAUCCCACAACACAUUUCAGAGAACCUAGAGAACCCACCGAAGGUGAGUGAGUUAGACACCGCGGACUCGCAGGGCCACCUGGGCUACGCGUCUCUUCUCGUGUCUGAAUCGCUCCAGCAGCCUGUUCUGAUCGCACCACCUGUGUCCAACUGCGUGAUUCCCCCCAGUACCUUUGCUGCUCAAGCAACAGUUAGUGCCGGGACAUCCCGUGCACCCGUUCUUUCCCCCAAUCAGAAUCCACUUAGCCCACCUACUCUUACCUCAAACCCAGUCCCGCUCAAUCUGACUCGAGAAAGUGCCGAAGCGGCAAAUUCUGGAGUGGCUUCGGCACAGACCCAUGCGGUCCACCCCUCUUUUGCUCGUGGCCAAUCGUUGAGUGGAGACCCUAACUUUGCUCUCCCGGUUAAUCCUCUGACUUCUCUCGCCGCUCCUUCUGUCACCAAUCGCAAUCAGCCCUCAAAUUAUGAACUCCUUGAUUUUUCUAUGCACCAAUCACAGAGCCAAAAUCAAGCAUCGGGCCAUCCUUCUGCUUUGCACGAGUCGUCGCAGUCUAGUAAUGGAUUUUACAUGCAGGUCACCAAAGAUGCACAGCAAGGGCUAAGAGGGGACAGGAGCGCUCCUGUUCCGACUUCAGCCCCUUCAGCUCCGCCACAGGUCACGGUACCUUCUUUAUCAUCCGCUCCACCGCUUCUGCCAGCGUCAUCACCAUCCGCCCCAUUGGCCCCGUCUGCUCCGUUACCAUCCGCUCCUCCUGUCACGGCGGCCCCCUCGUCAAACACAAUGGCCGCGCCUACUUCCUCCGUAGCAGGCGCAAACACUCAGCAGCCAGAACCUGCAAGGAUCCCUGAGGCAAAUGCCGCAGCACAGGUGCAAGGUGAUGUCGCUUUACCCGCAAGGGGGGUACAGCCUUCCCCUGGCCAGUAUCCAGCUCCUGUUCCUGCCAGCGUUCCUCAGGCGCCUCCUUCCCAUCAAGCUCCCGCAGAGCCACCGCGACCGCCCUCUUCCGCCGGCAGCCAGCAGGGCUACGGACCUCCUCCUCCUCCCGGCCCGGGGCCGAUGUAUGGCGGUUAUUAUGGAAACUAUGGAGAAUACCCAGACGGCCGAGCGCCGUAUCCUCCUGGUCCAUACCCGGCUGGGGAUCCUAGAGCUCAGCAGUAUUAUCCGGAGGGAGCAUAUAGAAGCAGAGGAGAUCCUUGGUACGGCAGGUACGACGGCGCCAACCCAGCUUACCGCGACCCACACUAUCAGUACCGAGAGCCUCAGCCGGAGCGACCCAGCUCCAGGACCAGUCAGUAUUCCGACCGGCCUCCAUCCAGGCAAGGCUAUACUGAGGACUACCACCGAGCGAACCGAAGUGCCUAUGAUGAAUAUUAUUACGGCAAGCACUAUGAUUAUGCAGGAUAUAACUAUGGACAGUAUGACCCCCGAUACAGAGGAUACUAUGAUCAAGCCUAUUGGUCCACUUAUGAUGAUGCGUACAGAAGCAGAGACAACUACUACAACCAACAAAUGUAUCCGCCCAGGAAAGAAGGCUCCGAUGACCAGUGGCGCUACUACCCCGGUUACGACAGCAGCUUCGACGACGACUACCGGCGACGCAGCGGCGAAGCAUACAACGACGACUUUGACCGACGCAGCGUCCACAGCGAGCAGUCUGCUCACAGCGUGCACAGCUCUCACAGCAGACGCAGCAGCUUCAGCUCCAGGUCCCAACAGAGCCAAGCGUACAGGAGUCAGCCAGACUUGGUGUCGGCCGCUUAUGAUGCCACAUCGUCCACACUAGCUGUGGACUACUCUUAUGGACAGUACCCAAACCAGACUGAUGCUUCCCAGAAUUAUGACCAGUACCUCUACCCCUCUGAGUACACGGCAGACAGCACCUGGAUCGCCCCCGAACAGCCGCCCCCUCGUCCGGCCACCCCGGAGAAGUUCACUAUGCCCCACCGUUGUGCCCGCUUUGGGCCCGGUGGUCAUCUCGUCCAAGUUCUGCCCAAUCUUCCCUCGGCGGGGCAGCCUGCUCUGGUUGAUCUUCACAACUUGGAGACAAUGUUGCAGAACACAUCGGAUCAGGAAGAACUACGAGGUUUCCCUGGACCACUUGUGAAGGAGGAAACCCACAAGGUGGAUGUGAUAAAGUUCUCCCAGAACAAGGCGCUGGCAUGUUCCCAUGACAACAACCUCUUAGACCGAGACUCCGCCCACCUGCUUUGGGACUUCAUUGUGCUGCUGUGUAGACAGAACGGGACUGUGGUAGGCACCGACAUCGCCGACUUGUUGCUGAAGGAGCAUCGUUCCGUGUGGCUUCCGGGCAAGAGUCCAAACGAAGCAAACCUGAUUGAUUUCAACAACGAGCCGCUGGCCAGAGCGGAGGAGGAGCCAGGAGCCGGACCGCUCUCCCUCCUGUCCGACACCUUCAUGACGGUCCCGGAAAACGUCGGCAAAGAAACGGAACGCUUCAGGGAGCUUCUGCUCUUCGGUCGCAAGAAGGAUGCGCUUGAAGCAGCCAUGAAAGGUGGUCUGUGGGGCCACGCUCUCCUGCUGGCCAGUAAGAUGGAUAACAGGACGCAUGCACGUGUCAUGACAAGGUUUGCCAACAGCUUGCCUAUCAAUGACCCUCUCCAGACGGUGUACCAACUCAUGUCGGGUAGGAUGCCCGCUUCAGCUACCUGCUGCGGAGAGGAAAAGUGGGGUGACUGGCGCCCUCACCUGGCCAUGAUAUUGUCUAACCUCACGCACACUUUGGACCUGGACUCUCGCACAAUCACCACCAUGGGAGACACUCUCGCUUCAAAGGGGCUGAUUGACGCGGCACAUUUCUGCUACCUAAUGGCUCAAGUCGAUCUGGGUGUUUACACCAAGAAGAGCACCAAGAUGGUUCUGAUUGGCUCCAAUCACAGUUUAUCUUUCUACCACUUUGCGACCAACGAAGCAAUACAGAGGACGGAAGCCUACGAGUAUGCGCAGUCUUUGGGCUCCCAGCCUUGUUCCCUACCCAAUUUCCAGGUCUUCAAGUUGAUCUAUGCAUGCCGCUUGGCUGAAGCGGGCUUGAGCGCGCAAGCGUUCCACUACUGUGAAGUCAUCUCUCGGACUGUCCUCCUGCAGCCAGCCUACUACUCCCCUGUAUUUGUUAGCCAAGUCAUUCAGAUGUCCGAAAAGCUGCGAUUCUUUGACCCUCAACUGAAAGAAAGGCCCGAGCAGGAGUUGUUCAACGAGCCUGAUUGGAUGAUCCAGCUCAGACAGCUGGAUGGCCAGAUCAAAACGGGGGCAAUUACCUACAAUGCUGACAGAUCCAGCCCCACACAAUUCACCAGCAGCAGCAGCCCCACCUCAGAAAUGGAUCAGACCGGUCCAGCUGAACCUUACAACAUGUCCAUGGAGUUGGACGGCCCUGCUCCUGACAACCCGUUGAUGAGCUCAUUGCUGCCCGGCGCUCCGCCACAGGGAAUCCACCUCAUGCCUCCAGCUCCCACCUCCAUCCUCCAAGAUGGAACAGCCCCGCCUCAACCACACAGUGAUAUGCCACAGUUCUACCCAGUACCACCCGGUGGGCCACCCGGACACAUUCCUAUGUCGGGCUACCCUCCGCACGAUCCCGCCUACGCUCCUCCCCACUACCAGCCUCCACCCGUGCAGUCGGAAAUGUACCCGGGACAAGUUCCCCAUUCGCCGGUGCACGGGGGCCACCUUCCACCUCAGAUGCCGCCGGCGCACAUGCCACCUUCGCCAGGGCACAUGGGCACACCACCGGAGAUGCCGUUCAACCAACCUGUAUCCCCGCACAGAAGCUCCGUUACGCCACAGAUGGACUUCUAUGAUCACAUGGCACAGCUGCCUCCUGGUAGGAGAUCGAGAACCACGUCACAGUCUUCAGUGCACCGGGCCUCGGGACGGCGCUCUCGCACCACCUCUGAGUCGUCAACUCACUCCGGCGGGCGAGACAGGAGCAAUUCGUUUGUCAAGCAGGCUUCUCCGCCGCCUCCUUCUAUUCCGGAGCAGCCCCGCAAAGAGGAGACCAAGAAAGCCAAGAAGGACUCUCCUAAAAAGAGUGGCGGUGGUGUGGGCUGGCUGACGACGUGGCUUUACAGGAAGGGCAAGAAUGAGGCUCACUUACCGGACGACAAAAACAAAUCUAUCGUGUGGGACGAAAAGAAGCAGAAAUGGGUGGACUUGAACGAGCCUGAGGAAGAGAGUAAACCAAUUGCACCGCCUCCCUCUGGGUUCCCCAUGAUGCCUUCCGCGCCUGUUCCUCCAGGGCCCACCGCCCCCCCGGGCAGCGGUCCUCCUGUCAACAUGUUCUCAAGAAGAGCUGGCUUAAAGAACAGAUAUGUGGACGUGCUGAACCCCGGUGGCGGCACCAAACCAGCCGGGAUGGCUCCUGCCCCACCCAUGGAACUCUUUGCACCUCUCGCGCCGAUGGCCAUACCCACCAACCUAUUUGUGCCUAGUUCAGCUCCCAAAGAUCAACAACCUCUAGAAGGCAGCGAAGGAGGAAAUCAGCAGCAGAUGUCACCAAACAGCUCUGUUCCACAGAUGUUCAAUCCGACGUUGUUACCGCCCGUCCCGCAAGGUCCUCCUGCCCUCGACGGGUCACAAUCUGGAGAGCUGUCACGUUCUAGCUCAAUGAGUUCUUUAUCACGCGAAGUGAGUCAGCAUUUAAACCAGAGUCAUCCAGGCCUGGGAAAUACGCCAGUUGGGGGCGGUGGCUUUUUAUAACCUUGCACAGUCAUCAGGAUGAGCCACCAUGUCGGAAACAGACGAACGAGUGCAACCCGGAAGCCCUAAAGCGCCGAACGGACGACCCGACCACUCUUUAAUUCCUCAAAGUCUAUUUUUGAAACACGACCUGGUGUUUUUCCUUUUUUUUUUUUAUUUUAAAGCAGAACUAUUACACAGGCAUCAUUUAGUGUACAAAUAAAAACUCUCAGCUUUACUGUUAGCACAUGCAGUGUUUGUAUCUUCUCCCUCUUGUGUCUUAAACGUGUGGCUUUUUUUUUGUCUUGUUAAUUUCAUAUUGUGGUUUUGUUAUGAUGUUCAAGAAACAUUAGAACCACUUGUCUUCUUCUAGUGCAUCAUCUGCUGUGUUGUGUGCCCCCCCCUGUCAAAAAAAAAAAAAAAAAGGAACUAGACUGGAUGUGAGGAUGCUGCAUGUUU